AUGAAGCCGUCAUCUACUCCAUCAAGGGCAUUGGGCCUGUUUUCAGCCAUCGCUGUUCUGUUCACGGGCACCUCCAGCGCCCUCCGGGUCACGCCUGGAUCCGCGUGUGCUUCAUAUUGCCUCGAUAAUGGGGACAACAACGGCCAGUCCGCCAACUCGACGACAACCCCUUCUGACAUUGUUUGCAACGAUACCGAUUACUGGUCCACGACGGUCGGAACCAGGUACAGAAACUGCCUUACAUGCCUCCAGAACAGUACGGCUGUUAAUGGAUUACAAAGCGACGUGGAAUGGUACUUGUACAACGUCCGCUAUGCCGUCGACGUAUGCCUUUUCUCAUCGCCGGGCCCAAGCUCCUCCAACUCCUCAACAUCUUCACCAUGUGUUCUGUCAGGCAACUGUCCUUCACUGCAGAAAGCACUGGAUACCGGAAACGUGAACCCGAGCAACGAGACACAGUACCAGUAUUGUACCGCGGACGGCGGUGUAUUCGGAGGGACGACUCUGAGCAACUGCGCCCAGUGCUUGCAAACCAACUCGGAGCAGACAUACCUCUCAAACUUCUUGACGGCCCUCUCCGCAGGCUGUAAGCAGAAGCCUCCCCAAGGUGAUCUUUUGGGACUUAAUGGAACCUUAUUUUCCACGACGGCCAUGACCAUCGUUACUCCGUCUUGGAACCAGACCAGUCCUGGCCAAGCUACAUCGGUCACAAAGUUGACGACGGGAACGAUUGUCGGCAUUGUGGUCGCUGGUGCGCUUCUUCUGCUUAGCGCUGCAGUCCUGUUUUUCCUUCAUUGGAGAAAGCAACGGGUUGCUAAAAUGGAACCAUUUUAUGACGACCGGUAUGGCAGUGACCAAUUUCGUCCCGUCAAGAGCAUCUCAUCGUCGUUCAGCGGAGGCACUGCGCCCAUGUAUACAACUGACUACAAGUCGCCUCCGGCGGACCGGCGCAACUUCGAGCUGUAUGACAAAAUUAAGACGCAACACGUGGUCAUCCCCGAAAGAAAACCCUAUGAACCUGGAACUGCGGGACAGAGAACGGCAGCACUUUGGGGCCGCGACACACCCGUUCCAACUCGCCAACAGUUGCUCUCGCCAAAGACAGCCAACACAUCCAUGUCUCAGCACACUGCCGGUGGUGAUGUAAACGGGCCGUUGGAUGGCAUGCCCACCCACCCGGCUUUCAUCCCGCGAGCAUUUACGCGUGCAAGCCGCAAUCCCAUGGCCCAGCCGGAGCCAAAGCAUGGUGUAAAGGCGAGCAAGCCGGACACCUAUGCUCUUCAGCGCUACUUGGAUACAGUCGAAGACUUGUCAAAGGUGGAUGUUGAGACGUUGCUCUCGGAGCCUCCUGCUGCAAAUGCGCAAAACACACGCACUACAACUGUCACUGUGACGUCCAACCCGUUUGCAACCCCCGAGGCGACACCGAUGCGCGUUCCCCCGCCGCCGCCAGGCCCACCACCGCAGUCAAAGCCGAAGGCGAACUCCAGCUCUAAGCUGACACCAUCGCUCGCGACACCGCCUUCAUUGAGUCGCAUUCGCAGUCCGAAGAUGUACAUCCCACCGCCCCUGAACAUCACCCCGGCCAGGCCCAAGGCACAGCGUGUGGAUUCGGAUUCGGACGAGCCCAAGUAA